GUGUUCCUACUCCAUCGAGACAUACCAGUGUUAACGAAAACAAAAGUCUACUAAUGUGUGGCUUCUCAGUGAACAGAUAUUAGUUUUUUAUACUUUGUUGAAAGCAAAACGCAACUCUGAGAGUGGGCGGACCAUCAUGGUAAUAGUGAAGACGAUGAUGAUAAUGAUGGUAACGAAAACAAUAGUGUGAUUGCCUGUGGCUUCUCAGUAAGGCGUACCCCUCUCCCUCACCUGUGGCCAGGGUAGCGAGGUAAACAUGGCCGGCAACACUCAGGCGGUUAGUGCACCUACUGUAUCGCAAAUUUUCAAGACCAUGGAAUACGGACCGGCCCGAGAGGAUGACAAAAUAGCCAAGGACUGGCUGAAUGAUCAUGACCGCAAGUUUGGUCACUUCAUCAACAACAAAUGGGUGAUACCUGAAGGCCGGCAGACAUUUGAGACUAAGGACCCAUGUGGCGGCAAUGUGUUAGCUGCCACCAUCCAGGGCACACAGGAGGAUGUGGACCUGGCUGUAGGGGCUGCCAAUGAAGCCUACAAUUCAUGGAGUGCCCUUUCUGCACACAGCCGUGCCAGAUACCUCUAUAGUAUUGCACGCCAUGUCCAGAAGCAUUCUCGCCUGCUGGCUGUGGUGGAGGCCUUGGACAAUGGCAAGACUAUGAGGGAGGCAUGGGACUGUGACAUUCCCUUGAUGACCAGACACCUUUACUACCAUGCUGGAUGGGCUCAGCUGGUGGACACACAGAUGGUUGGCUGGGAUAGUGUGGGUGUAGUUGGUGCUGUUGUGUCAUGGAACUUUCCUCUGACUUUGCUGGCCUGGAAGGUGUGUCCAGCACUGGCCAUGGGCAACACUGUCAUCUUUAAGCCCGCCAACAACACGAGUCUCUCAGCCCUCCUCUUUGCUGAGAUCUGUGCAGAGGCUGGGUUGCCAGCAGGAGUGUUCAAUGUGAUCACUGGUGGGAGUGCUGUGGAGACCAUGCUGGCAUCUCACUCUGAAGUGGACAAAGUGUCCUUUGCAGGAUCCACAGAAGUUGGGCAAGACCUGAGGAGGCUUACUGCUGGCAGUGGCAAGAAACUUUCCCUAGAGCUUGGAGGAAAGAGUCCAGUGAUUGUGUUUGAAUCUGCUGAUCUUGACUCAGCUGUGGAAGGCAUAGUGGAUGCCAUUUGGUUCAAUCAGGGGCAGGUGUGCACAGCUGGAUCUCGUCUGCUGGUUCAGGAGCCGGUGUUUGACACAUUCAUCGGGAAGCUAAAACAGCGUAUGAGGACUCUUCGUGUGGGACCUUCCCUUGACAAAGUAAUGGAUAUGGGUGGUGUGGUAGACCCAAGUCACGUGAAGGUCAUUGCCAAGUAUGUGGAUGAAGCACGGCAGGAAGGGGCAGAGGUGUUUCAGAUCGAGGCUCCACCUGGCAGCUACUACCCCCCAACCCUUAUUACUGGGGUGGGCACUGCUUCCCGCUGUGUGAUGGAUGCAAUCUUUGGCCCAGUCCUGGUGGCCUUGCCCUUCAGGACUGCCAAAGAGGCCAUUUCUCUUGCCAACAACACCAUAUAUGGCCUGGGUGCAUCUGUCUUUACCGAGCAAAUUACUCUUGGCAUUGAAGUGGCAAAAAUGGUCAAAGCUGGUGCUGUUUGGAUUAACUGCCACAACAUAUUUGAUGCAGCUGCUGGGUUUGGUGGCUGCAAGCAGAGUGGUUAUGGCAGGGAUGGUGGUAAAGAAGGAUUGUUUGAGUACGUGAAGCCUGUCUGGCAAGAUUCUCACAAGUUCACACCACCAAAAAUAGACUUUGCCAAGUUUGGAGCGGCUUAUAGUGCUAGCCGACCUUCCAUCACACCAGCCACACCCCAGAUUGUGAGUGCUGAGGAAACAAUGCCCCGAGUUGACCAAACCUACAAGUUGUACUAUGGAGGUGCUCAGAAACGUCCAGAUGGUAACUACAACCGUGUGAUCCUGAAUACUGAGAAAAAAGCUUUUGCAUUGGUUGGGGAGAGCAACAGGAAGGAUGUGCGGAAUGCAGUAGAGGCAGCUGGUAAGGCUCAGCCAAGCUGGGACAAGCGGACUGGAUUCAACCGUUCCCAGAUCCUCUUCUACUGGGCAGAGAACCUGGAGCAGCGACGACAAGAGCUUGUGGACCACUUGGUGGUAGUGACAGGCCAGAGUGGGGAGCAGGCUGGUAGGGAGGUGGAUGCCUCAGUGACCAGGCUUUUCCACUGGGCUGCACUGUGUGAUAAGUAUGGAGGCAGUGUACAGGAGACCCAGCUCUAUGGCACAGUGUUAAGAAUGAAUGAGCCUAUGGGGGUGGUGGGAGUGGCCUGCCCUGAUGAAGCUCCCCUACUGGCCUUUGUGUCACUGGUGGCCCCAGCAGUGGCCCGAGGGAAUGCUGUAGUUGUGGUGCCCAGUGAGAAGUAUCCAACUGUACCUCUGUCUCUCUACCAGGUGCUGGAAACCUCAGACAUGCCUGGUGGCAUAAUCAACAUCCUCACUGGUAACCGUGACCACCUCACCAAGCACUUGACUGAGCACCAUGACGUCCAGGCCAUGUGGUACUUUGGCACCCAGGAAGGGUCUACCUUUGUGGAGCACACUUCAGCUGUUAAUGUCAAGAGGACAUGGGUAAACUACGGCCUUCAGCGGGACUGGUUCAGCCGAGAGGAAGGAGAGGGGGAGGAAUUCCUGUACCAUGCAACACAGGUCAAGAACAUCUGGCUCACAAUGGGGGAUAUCUUUGCCAACUAAUGUGCUCAAAUGUUUAUUGACCAUGCAUGUAAAAAAAAAAAGUGGAUUGUUUUUCCCUCUUAUGAAAUGGGAAAGAAGCAGAAGGGCAUUUUCAUCAAUUUACCUAUAUACCAUGUGUUCUUCAUAAAGAUGAGAAAGUAUUCUGGCUUCUGUUGGAUGAGGAGGGAUUAGGUUUUCAUUAAAAUACUACAGAUUUUGCAACUGACAACAACAAUAGCAAUUUGUGAUUCAGGUACACACUGCCAAACUGACGUUUAUUAAGGCAAGCAUUAAGUGCCAUAGUGACAUUUAUUUGUCAGAUUAUAUUGAUAUGGAGAAUAUGGGGAAGAGUUUUAAAUCUACUUUUGUGCAGGGUUAAAAGUCAAUGCAUGCAAAGCACACACACACUGCCAGCUGAACUGAAGUAAUGGUAGCUUCAGUUUGCUUUCCAAUUACUGAUAAAUAGGUAAACUUUUAAAGUAAAUAACUUUUAAGUUAAUAAGCAUACAGUUUAGUUCAGGUAAAUUAUUAUUAUCAAACCAGUCUAGUUCUCAACAAGAAAUUAUGUAUGCAAUAUUUUUUUUUUUUUAAAUGCAUUCCUAUAUACCAAGUGAUUAGGACAAAAAUAUUCAAAUACAGAUUUCAAGUAAAAACUUACAGAUUUCAAGUAAAAUUAAGUUUCUAAAUUUGUCAAUUUAAAAUCAAUUAAAAUAGUAUUCUUUCACUGCCAUAUCUCCACUGUUGGUUACUGAAAUACAUUAAUAAGUUUGAUAUACUUCCUAGUCAACAAAAGGCAGGUUCAGGGUUCAAUCAUAUGCAUUAAACAUAAUAAACCCUUAAGUGGCAUUAUGGUACAUACCAUCUUAAUGUCUGAUGCACACUACAGUUCUCUCUCAACUCAGUUUCCACUGAAGCAACAGUUGUCAUGCACACUUGCUCACACUGUUCAAAAUACUUUUAGAUGGCUGUAAAUUAGAUGACUGUUUACAGCUAAGCAACAGUUGUAAUGCACACUUGCUCACACUGUUCAAAAUACUUUUAGAUGGCUGUAAAUUAGAUGACUGUUUACAGCUAAGUGGAGUGAGAGUGGACUGUUAGCAAUAAUGAGCAUCUCUUUAUUGAAAUAUGUAAUGACACUUAAGAAGAAGAGCACAAGUGGACCUUCAGUGGAAUUUUAAUGCAAGUCACACCAAAGUAAGCUCUCUAUACUGCUGUCUCUAAUUAUUCUUAUUAUACAGUGAAAAAAUUAUGAUGCUUAAAGAUUGUUGCAUUAUGUGGAAGAAACUUGAUAUAUAUGAAAACAGAACUGUAUUCUAAAGGGAAUUUUGUAAUAUCCAUAGCAAACAGUUAAUAAAGACAUUAACAUGUUAAAGUGUAAUUUGUGCAGUGUCAUUCACUGACGUCUUCCAUUACAUUCUGUGAUAAUGAAGGAUUACUGUACUCACUGCUGCUUUUUUCAGUGAGACCCUAUGUAAAUAAUUAUAUGGUUAUAGUAUUGUAACUUUUCAACAUCUAGCAUAUGGCCAAUUGCAAAAACUUGUGCUCUUAACCUUUCAUAAAAGCUGCAGAAUGAUUGCCCAGAAAUUAAUUUAAUUUCAAGAAGGGAAAGUCCCAUUUUUUUAAAUACAAUUUCUCCAUGAUGACAAAGCUGUUUAUAUAUUGGUUUAUAGUUACAAAAUAAAGAUUUGACCUCACUGUUUACAAAAUAAAGGUUUGACCUAA